CACACCCAACAUGCCUGCCCCAGCGUGCAUGUUACCAGUCACAAGGAGCACCAUUAAUGAGUGCUUUGGUAGGAAGCAUAACUUAGAGGCUAACAAGUUCUAGGAAAAGAGGGAGAUCAACACAGACGGCCAGACACCAGUUUCGAGCAGCUUGUUCUUCAAGUAUGGUGAGAUCCAGACCUUUUCGUUUUACAUCAGUCAUCUCAAAAAUGGGAACCUCGUGUUUGCCACUAUUCCAGUUGGUGCUCUCGGACCCACCAUGUGAAGAAAAGGAAAUGUGCAUAAACUAUAAAGAUCAAUACACAAAUGGCUGGUAUAUCUGGUUCUUGUUGCUGAUUUUCCUGGUGGCUCUUCUCUGUGGAGUAGUGUUCUCCUGCCUCCAUUGCUGGCUGCGGAGACCUCGAAUUGAUUCCCCAAGACGCACUAUGGCUGUUUUUGCUGUUGGAGACUUGGACCCCGUUUAUGGGACAGAAGUGGCUGUGAAUUCAACUGUUGGAAUUCACCUUCAAACUCAAAACCCUGAACUGUAUGCUGCUCCAUGUUUUGGCACAUUAGGACCCCCACCUCCAUAUGAAGAAACUCUGAAAUCAAGUCGAUUUUAGCUCUGGAUCAUCAACUGGAAACAUCAGAAAUAUUUUUAAUUCUAAAAAUCAAACUUAGGAACAAUUCUUUUAUUUAGUGGGAAUUCCCAGAAAUCAAUUAAUAUAGCCUGAAAAAGGACAAAUAGGCAGAAGAAUGAAUGUGGGGAAAGAAUUUGGGUCAGGAAGAUAUUUCAGUAGUAAAUUAGUGGACUCUUAGUGUAUCAUUGCUGUGUUAUAUUCUGUGCUACACAAUCAAGUCAAUGUUUCUCCAUCAGUACUCAAAUAGACAGUGAUUAAUGCAUGGAGUGGGUUUUCAUUAAGUUUGGGAUUUCACUCCAGGUACACAUCACAGCUUUCCUGGCCUUAUUAUCUCUCUUUUAAUCUGACCUCCCCCCCUAGUAUGGAAUUAAUAAGAAUUGUCAUAAUUUCACAAUGACCCGAGCAUGGUGCCAGACCCAGACCAGAAAGAUAAUAUUUGAAUUAAGGUAAAAGGUGACACUAGGGAACAAGGGACACUCAGAAUUGAAGGGUGAAGGAUGAAUGAAGAGGAAGAUUAAGAGCCCAGUUCAAACAGUUGCCUGUCUCAGCCUGAGGAGAGAGAAAGUGUAGAUAGAAGCUGAAGAACUCUACCUAAGCUGUGGACCAUAUGUAAUAGCACAGUGUGGAGAAAAAGAAAGCUCUCAUGAGUAGAUAUGGACUCUGGAGCCCUCAGCCUUUCUCUGGUGUCUGAAGACUUGGCAUUUCUUGGGGAACUAUGAUAAGAACCUUUGGCUUAGAUAUCAAGGUUCUCAUUGAGAACCCUGAGUACAGAAGUAGCAAUGGGACAUUUUCAACUGGCAUUUUUGCGGUGGCCAUCAGCAAGGGGGUAGAAAAAGAAAUCCGUGGCACAUGUCCGGCUGUCACUGGCUGACAAAUUUGUCGAACAAAACAACCUGUAUCUCCACUUAUUCAUCUAAUAUACCUCUUAAAUUUAACUUGACCAAAUUUAUCUCCUGAUCUUUUCCCAAAUGUGUUUAUCCAAACCUCCUUCAUCUCAAUUGAUGGUAACAGCAAAUAUCCAGUUGCUCAGACCAAAGAACUUGGAGUCAUUUUUGAGUCUUCCCUUUGUGUCAUUUCCUAUAUCCGUGUUGUCAGAAAAGGGCUUGGCUCUUGGGCACCUGGGUGGCUCAGUCAUUUAAGCGUCCGACUUUUGACCUCGGCUUAUGUCACGAUCUCAUGGUUCAUGAGUUGGAGCCCCAUGUUAGAGCCUGCUUGGAAUCCUCUCUCCUCUCUCUGCCCCAUUGCACUCAUGCUCACUUUCUCUCUCUCUCUC